UGAACCACGUGCUUAAGUCCUUCGUCUCCUGGACUGAUCAGUGUCCUCCUUUAUUAUUUCAUCGAACUCCAAACGUUUGUUUUUGACAUUUUAAAAACACGAUUCAAAAAGUAUGCCAAAGGAGAACGUAAAAAAUGUUUUCAUGUGUAAAACCUGUAGUUAUUAUGGUUAAAUGUCUGUACUUUUACAACCGUUUAAAGUACGCACUUUCACUUUCGUUUGUCCUGGUGUAAUGAACAAUAUCGUCUCCCAGAUCAAAUAGGUCCAACUGCCACUUCUUUUCGAGUAUUUACCGUCAAACCUGAGGCUAGCCUGAUGAAAUAAACACCAAACAACAUAGCCUUAAACAGAACAGUUAGUGUCCUGUCGCUUUUGUUGUUGGUGUUAAUUUAAACUUCAAAAACUUGUGUGGAAGCUAGCUGACGUUAGCCUAGCCGGCUAACGUCAACAUAGCUAACAAUCGUUAGCAUAGCCGGCUAACAUUAAUGCCUCCACGCAUCUAACGAAUUAAAACAGACCAACACGUUGAAUAAUUGUUAUGUAUAAAUAUAAUUUAGCAUACAGUGACAUCAACGCACAGUCGAAUCCAGUACAGUUAGUUUUGCUGUGAGUUAUGGACUAAAAUAAAAUGAAUUUAAAUCAGGCACGACGAGGACACCUAAAGAAUCUAACGGUGAACGCCCAUCGUUUCCGCCGUUUUAGCAAGAAGACGGGCGCGGACGCCGGACUGUGUGACGACCUAAAAAUAUCGUCGUUUUUGCUCAAUCUUUGUUGUAUUUUCUGCCGGUCCUGAACUGAUCCGUGAACAUGGAGGGACGUUCUGCUGUUUGGCUCCUGGCUGCUCUGCUGCUGCUGGAGGCUCUGAUCUCUGCUGAAGCCCAGAACACACUGAGGUACCUGGAGGUUGGAAGUAAGCUGGUCCUCAGGCCUGAACCCGUCUCCGGCAGCAUCAAAAGCAUCACAUGGAAGCUCAACGGCAGCAUCGUGGGUGUGUUGGACGAAGGGCAGGAGUUGGUAUAUUCUCCUGCGUUUAAGGACCGUGCCAGCGUGGACACGACCACGGGAGUGUUGGAGAUCAGCAACAUGAUGAAGACCGACAGUGGACUGUACACGGUGGCGAUCAACAACAGGAUUCAGAGUGGAGGUUAUGAUGUUCAAGUGAUCAAACAGGUGCCCAAACCUGUGGUAAUGAUCACGUGUACCCCAAAGUUGGAGAGUUGUUCGCUGAGCUGCCAUGGAGACAUUACAGAUGCUGAUCCGGUCACCUUUUCUUUUAGGAAGGGAGGCAGAGGUUGGGAGGAGGGAGAACAGAACAUUAAAAUCAUCAAUGAUGAGGACACACAGGCUGUUGAAACGUUCUCCUGCCGGAUGAAGAACCCACUUGGUGAGAAAGACAGUGAACCUGUGGACAAUCCAUUCUAUGUGGAAUCCAACACUGGGAAGAUUGUGGGUGGUGUUGUUGGAGGUCUCAGUGCUCUGGCUGUUGCUGCUGCUGCUGUUGUGUUCUACCUGAAGAAAGGGAAAAGUGGCAACACAGCUGAUAGAGCAACAACAGCUUCUCCUAACAAUGAUGCAAACCAUCCAGAGAAAGAAGAAUUCAACGCCAUGCACCCUGAUUCCAAAGAAGAUGCAUGAAGCUGUGAAGCUCCAUAGAAAACCCCAUCAGAGCUUCCUGUUGCUAGUUUGGGUUUGUUGUUUCAGCAUCCUGCCUUGUGCCUUCCAAAAAGAAUGAACCCGUUGGGGAAGAAAAGUAUGAUUGUUUUUCUUUUCUUUAUGUAAUCCUGUUCACAGGUUGUUUCCCCUUCAUGAGUCAAACAUUAGGUAAAAUGUGACACGACGACUCCACAGAUGGAUGCAGGAUUUUAAAUCCAGCGUUUCUCUUCACAGUAUUACAGAGGUGGAUCAGGCAUUCAGAUAGUUUUACUUAAACAAAAUAAUCAGCAACACAGUGUGGAAGUACGCUGUUACAAGUAAAAGUUCUGCAUUUUAAAUUUAAAGCUUUUAUUUAAAGCAAAAAUAAAGAACCAAAAGUGAAAGUACUUGUAGAUCACAGGUAGUCAUUGAUCUAAUAUUGCAGGUUGUUGCAAUACGUUCAUGCGAUGGGAGAUUUUUGCUUUUUUUUUCUCCACUCAUAAUAAAUAUCAAAAUGAUGUGAUUUUUAUUUUUUUUCUUACUGCAGUCUGUACCAACCAGGAAUGUUCCCUUCUCAAUGUCUCUAUAGAACCACAGCGCUUUAUUAGUUAUUAUUCAACAAAAGACUGCAGCUGCUGCGAUUUUUAUUGUAAAUUUGUCAAUAUUGCAAUAAUUUGGUUCAUGUUUUGACAUCACAUUGUAUAUAAUUACUGAUGCAUCACUUUAAGCUGAUUUAGUUUUUCAUUUUCUACACAGCCUUAGUAUACAAGUAAUAUUUGGAGUUUUAGAUUGUGUUUUGUCUUGUUUGUCUGAAUCUGAAAAGAUUCAGGGCUGCAAACCAACAGCUGUUGGUUUGCAGCCCUGAAUAUGCGUCUUUUCACUCUUUGUGUGGUUGAAUCUGAGGAAUAUUUAGUUUUUCUUUGCUUCUGUAAUGACGUGUAAAUUGCAUUUGGCUGUACUACUUUCUGAUACUGCAGCAUUUGGACAAUCCCAUUCAACCCAGGAGAUGCUGUUUAGUUUCUUGUCAUCAUAGGACCGUGCUGUUAUUUCUCAACAGCUAUUCUUGGUAAGAGCUGUACCAAUCUACUUCCACAAAUGAGGAACCGCUUGAGGCUGAUGUAAUAACUUCAUAAAAACAUCACUGUAAACCACGCUCAGACUGCUGGGACUGGAUUUACGCUGCCUCCACGUGUAGCUGAGACAUUAUUAUCUGAAUUAUUUAGCAGACAUUUAUGUUUCUAGGACAAGAACACAUGAAGAUAACAAACAUCAAGCAGUGUCAGCAUUUAAACAACUGCAUAUAUAUGAUUGCUAGUUUCCACUCUAUACUCUUGUUUUUUUUGUUUUUAUUGCACUGUUUCUGUGAUGUCUUGUUGCUUUUUGUAAUUAUCAAUAAGCUCCGACUAAUCAGAGAAAAAAAUUCUGGAAUGAAAACUUUAAAAAAAUAUCUGCUGUUUCUUUUAAUUUAUUUAGGUAGCUUUUGAAUGUUUAUUUUUUUAAUUGUUUUUGUAAAAUGCCUUAUGAAUAAAUGCGUCUGUUGCUGUUGA